AUGGGUCAAGGACCUUCCAAACCUGGUCCACCUACCACACAAAUGCAGGUUCUGGGCCUUGGAGUGUCCCGCACUGGUACUGCAUCAUUCUCAGGAGCUCUGGAAAUAUUAUUGCAAGGGCCCUCCUACCAUGGUGGAGCCAAUCUUUUAGCAGGAAGCGACAUUCAUAUGCUGAGGUGGAAUGAGAUCCUCCGUAUCUCAUACAAAAUGCGUCACAAUCCAGCCUCUGUGUCUACUGCAGAGCGGGUCUAUCAGAAGUUCCUCAUAGUAAAACAGUUGGAGGGUUUUGUAGCAGUGGCAGAUGCACCUUGCAAUAUGUACGCCGAAAUAUUGAUGGACCUAUACCCUGAUGCGAAGAUUAUUGUCACUACUCGAGACGAAGAAAAUGGUGGCAGAGCAUUGCCCCGCUUGUUCAAAAAUCUGAUAAGAAGGCCUACACUAACAUGCUCUUUUUCUGGGUUCCUGGUCUACGACACUGGGCAGAGCAUGUUGACCUUAACCGCUAUGGCCGUUAUGGUGAACUUUAUUAUACCAACGAUGAACUAG